GCCUGGUGACAGAAGCCAGACAAACAAUAGGUGCUAGGAUUGCCAGGUGGUGAAUUUACUCUUGCUAUUCAACAAGGGGCUUUGUGCAUAUACAAAGCUGCGUUUGGCUGAAGCGUCAGAAGAUAUAAAGAUCUUAGUGGGUUUCCAAGGUGAUCUGGAGAUACCCCAUUCACCUUUCCUACUUAAGCCUCUGUCCCCUUUGUUUAUUGGAUUAUCCUUUUCUUCUUUUCAUCCUGUUCCUUUGGCUACAGUGAUGGACUCUUCCCAAGUCCUUGGGGAUGAGGCGGAGGAAUGUAGCAGCAGUGAGUCUGGGUGGACAACGUAUAUUGCCUCCCCAGACCAUCAUCAUGAGGUGGAUGAUGAUGAAAAUGACAAGGAGAAAACAGAUAAAACCGACAAUGAUGAUGCUGGUGAUGACGACGACAACGACCACGACUCCAUGGCUUCAGAUGCCUCAUCCGGGCAUCCAACUCACCCUCAACUCACAUGUGAAAGCAGCAAGGGAAGCCAUGGGAUCAUGACUCAGUACAAACAUGCAGAGGAUGAACCUCCCAGUAAGUCUCCCUCAGGCAAGCAGCCCUGCAAACGGGUGGGAAGAAAGAGGGAUGAAAAGACAAAAGUAGAUAUCAACCAAGAGUGGGUUCUUGAUUCAAAUAGUGAAAGCUGUAGCCAUGUUCAAAGUGGACCCAAGGUAAGAAAAAUCAAUUAACUAGAUGUUGAUCAGAUUGCAUGCUUCUGUAUCUGCCAAACGUGGCACACAGAAAACAGGAAGCAGAGGGCAAUUCAUGCCCAUCUUCUACUCUUCCUCCAUGUCAAUGUUGAACCAAGAAAAAUAAUCAACUGGUUUUAUGCUAGCGGCUUUCCGUUACAUAUAUGCAUAGAAGUAGAGUAAUUUCUUGGCAAAUAAUAAGGAACAUACGCAUAUAAUAAAUGGAACAGGAACAUCUGCAACAACUCUUAAAGAAAAAUGUAUUGCAGAAGCAUGUAACAAGAAGGGAAGAGUUGCUUGAUUUCCACCCUGUGGUUGUACUUGUGAAACUGCUUGAUCUUUUGCCGACAUGGGGUUUAUGGGCUGAAUGAAAGAGAGGGAUAGAUGAUGAUGAUGAUGAUGAUGAGCCUGAGCGAUUGUUUGUGUGUCUACAUUUGAGAAGGAGCCGACAGAUAAGAGAGUACAAGCACAAAGGGACGGCACGUGACUGUGCGUGUUUAUUUGACUACUUCAUGAUAUGCCACCUACACUGACAGGCCUUGGAAGAGUUGAAUUUCUUUGUCUCAAAAGUAGAAAAUGUGU